UACACCAGUCAGUUAUUGUUGUUGUUGUAAACAAGGCUCACAGUACACAGUGAUAUGAGUAUCAAAUCAAUUAAAGCUUAUCAAAUAAAGCUGCACAAUUAAACAAGUAAGUAAUGGAGAUGAUGAUGCAGUUCAUCGUGAAGUGUUGAUUGCUGCGCUGCUUUCAGAUCUGCUUCUCUUGUAUCAGUGGAUUGUGUUUAUAAUGUGUUUUUGCUCUAGUUGAGCAAUGAGUGAUGUGAUGACAGCGGAGAAUCAGGCUUUAAAUGAGUGUCAGGAACUACAGCUGCUCUUAUUCUAAUCACCCAGGAGUAGAUGUGGCGAUUUUCAACAUUUAAUCAUCACAAUUACAGUAUCAAGGGAAAGAAUCAAUCGAGCAAUGCCAUUAUUGUUAUGCUCGUGGAGCUGUAGGAUCAAAGCCGUGGUAAUUGUGGCGAAAUCUACAGAACAUGAUCUGGAGACCGCUAAUCAGCGGAUCUGAUGUGAGUGAGACGGUGAAUCAGCAGCGUCUCGUCCUGCUUCAUCACCCCAUCUGUGUGAUUCUGAUGGUUUAUGAUGCUCAGAUUGUGAGGAAAUCACUUCAGGCUGCUAAAUAUGUUGUUUAUCUUGCAGAUCUUCUGCAAAGCAGGCAGCGUGCCACUCGGACAAGUGUUAAGAAGGCCCCAGCGCUGGACGAUGAGGAGUUAGUGAGUCUGAGUAAGCGGCUGGUGGAAGAUGCUGUGUUGCGGGCCGUGCAGCAGUACAUGGAGGAAACUCAGCAGAACGGCGCCGCGCUGAGAGACCAGGCUCCGCCGGGGGCCGCUAGCAAUCUCAACACCACCAAAUGAGCGCGAGAGCCCUGAGCCGUCCCCCGAGCCGACCGCCGGAGAGCCACAACGCCUCCACCUGCCAGCGGCGCCAGAGCGCAGCCGAGAGCGAUUGAGCUGAAGAGAAGGGCUGUGGAGAUCAGGCCGGAUCUCUGGACAAACGCAGCACUCAAACUGAACUUUAUUUCCCUGCCUCCCCCGUCCUGCAUCACUCCUGUCUGUAUGAAUUGGUAACACUUUAUUGUGAUGAUCCCUUUUGAGCAUUCUGUCGAUUAGGGCUGGGAAAAUAAAUCGAUGCAUCGCGAAUCGAGAAAUGAUUCGGCAUCGAUUCUGAGAUU